AUGCAACACUGUAACACCGAAUACCGAAUAUAACGAAUACUCGAACGAGUAUAGCAGGCUAAUGUCAAAUUUUGAUUCAGAUUAAUAAAGCACACUUCCAAAUUAUUUAAUUGGCAUUUCAUAACAGAAAGUAAGCAGCACAAUUUUUGCAAUAUGUUCAAACUGGUGGCGCAGCAACUGCGUCAACAAACGCGGCAAGUCUCCCGUGUAAGUACCAUCAAUUAUACCAAGGCCACCAGUGGAACUGAUUUGUCGCGACAACAACAACAACAAACCACACAAUCGCCAACGAUCAAAGUAAAUAAAGCGCUUGAAGGUUGGCCCGAAAAACUACGUAAGGCUGGCGUUGGAGAUAUUGAUUUUAAUUUAAAAUGUUUGGUAGCGCAUGUGCUUAGAAGGAAAUUCAAUACGGUAAAGGGUUUAAAUGAUUUAGUUUUCACCGAAAAUCAAUUGCAAGAAUUUGAACGUUUUUGUGAAGCACGUUGUGCUCGUAUGCCACUACAGUAUAUAAUAGGCGAGUGGGACUUUAUGGAUUUGACAUUGAAAACCUCGCCUUCCGUGUUCAUUCCACGACCGGAAACGGAGGAGUUCGUUUCCAAAGUGAUUGAAGUGUAUCGCGAUAUUAAAGGUCCCAUUAACAUGUUAGAGGUUGGUUGCGGUUCCGGUGCUAUGUCAUUAGCUAUACUACAUGCUUUGCCCAAUGUACGCAGUACUGCAAUUGAACGCGGUAAAGCAGCAACAGAUUUGUCUAGAGAAAAUGCCAAGUUGCUUGGUUUAGACGACCGAUUCACUGUAUAUCAUCACACUAUGGAAGUAGAUAAUUAUCUACCAGCCGAGUUGGGGAACGAAGUUUACGAUUUAAUUAUUGGUAAUCCGCCAUAUGUAAAAUCAGAAGAGUUCCCCUUAUUGCAGCCGGAAGUCAUUUGUUAUGAAAAUUUGAAUGCUCUCGAUGGUGGUCCCGAUGGUUUACGUGUAGCACGCUUGGUUUUCAAUUUAGCCUGUGAACAUUUGCGUCCCGGCGGCAAGAUGUGGCUCGAAUUGGGAGAAGAUCACCCACCUUUGGUACAAACCAUUAUGGAGACGCAGUAUGAGGGACGUUUACGUUACAUUGCUGGCUAUAAAGAUCAAUAUAAACGCAAUCGCUUUGUCGAAAUCGAGAAAGAGAAAACCAAAACUGUUUAAUAGACAUUAUAUAGACGCAUGUGUAUUAACACAUAAGCUUUAGAAGCUAAUAAUUUAGACAUUGAAAUAUGUUAAAAACAAUUUCAGCAAAUUAUCGCUUUAGAUGGCUGUAACCAGUGAUAGAAUUAAUUAGCAGGCAUAUAAUGCGCUUAGCAUUUUAUUGAAUGCAUUUGAAAUUAAUUACGUAAAUACAUACAUAUUUACUAAAUUAUGCGCUAUUUUUUUUUUAACAAUAUACAUAUCUAUGUGUUUGCACUUGCUGUAAAGUGAUAUGAGAAGGGAUUUUCAUAAUAUAGGUAGCUUGCCUUUUCUAUUUCUGUCCUCUGUCUGUAUACAGGUCCGUCAGUUUUUGAGAUAUCGCUCUGAAAUUUUGCACACGUCCUUUUCUCCAUAAAAACUGCACAUUUGUCAAUACCGCCGAUAUUGGAUCACUAUUGCAUAUAAACUAAACUAUCAAAAUCAAGUUAUAUUUAAAACUUUUUUAUUUGAUAUCUUUAAUUUCGCAUGGAUUACAUGCAAUGCUGCUAUAUCUGAAUACAUUUAUUAAAUUGAAACACUAUAAAAAAAAUUAAAAUUUGGUUAAAAAGACGUACUAUAUUUAUUAUUUAAAAUUUAAUUAUUUGCAACACCACUUCCACUUAAUUUGAAAGCAUUUCCUGCGCUUGAAGGAAAUUCGGCAGUGCUACCAAACUUCCCAGUUGCUUUUACAUUAUUUGAAUUUUUGAAUACUAAAUUCAUUCCUCUCUUGCACCCUGUUGUAUUGAAAAUGCCGGUUUACAAUAAACGUACGUAUAUAUAAAUGUUACAUUUUUUAUUGUUCCUAUAUAUUUCACGUUCUGGAUUUCUCUUUUAUUAUUGCAAACAAUGUGGCCAUUUUGUAUAAGGAGUAUCUAAAAGCAAUGAAUUAUUGAAUUGAUGCAUCAGCGUCUUAAAACCGUAGAUUGCCUCAUGUACUAUAUGCACAUGCUUUUUUCUUAUUAAUUGAACAGACAAAUACACACAGAUAUUAUGACUUUUAGGAAACAUAUUAACCUCUCAAAGGGGAUUAAUAAUUAGCAAGAUAUGAGUAAAUAAUGUUUAGUGACGUCAAUGACGUCACAUACUUUGUGAUGUCAUGUCAAUUAUUUAUUAAGCAGCUUGUCAACAGACUGUGGAACUGUCAGAAUCUCGAAAGAUCUAAAAAUGUACCCAAAAAAGUUGUUUAUGUAAACCAUAAAAGGUAUAUUUAAGCCUUCAAAUGAAAUUCGCCGAAAUUUAAGCUGCUUUGUAAUGGAAUUCGUAGUGAAGAUCAGCAAGUCGCCGUUUUUGCAAAUGAUUCAGCCGAAUAGAUAUACACAUAUUUAUGUUUGUACCAUAUGUACAUUUUCACGUUUCAAAAGCAAACUGAAAUCAUAUUUACUGUUGGUAUUGCAUAUAUCCUCAAUCAAUUUUGUUAAGGCGAAUGGUUAUAUGUAUAUUAAUAGUUGGCAAUCAAAAAUUGUUUAAAUUCUAAAACACGUGUUAACUUUUGCUACAAAAUCUUCUUAAUAUUCAUACAUAUAUUAUUAUAUAGCUGCAUAUACGCAAAUAUUAUUUGCAAUAUUUUGUUUGUUUGUGUAAAUUUCGCUUAUAGCUGAUUUGUGGCUCUGGCUUGUUGUAGUGCAUGUUUUUCAAAGCGACGAACAUUCGCCACCUUGCAAAAAUUUCUCCCAGUUGACAAGCUUACUUAAGAUAACAUGUGUUUGAAAUGUUCAUAUUUUGUAUGUAUGUAUGUAUAUAUGGUAUAUACAGAUAUGUAUGUAUAUGCAGCAAUUGUUUAAAUGAACACUUUAUCAAAAAGACACACUAAGCAAUAAUGAAAGUGAAUUCUUAUUUAUAAAAUGGGCUACAAAUAUUAAAUGUUACAAAAAAUGCAAAAAAUUAGUUCAAAAGUAAUAGAAAGCAAAAGGUAUCAAUUUUGCCAUUAAACAUUUGUCUAAUCGGCAAACAAACUCGUCAUAUUUCAACGCAUAUUUCGUAUAGUGUAUUUGGCGCUUAAAGUAACGCUACUUUGUUUCUAUGUGCUUAAAAUUCCACCUAUUUUCUUGCAAUUUUUCUUGGUAUUAUUUUCAAUGCCACAUGCAAAUCUCGUUUCACGCCGGUCGAAAUCGUACGCAAAAUUCUCUACGUUCCGUUCCUGUAAUGUUGCCAGUGUGACCAUUUCGCCAAACGCUGUGCGCACUGUAGCGUGUGUAUAGCGCCUUCCAUCGGAAAAUCAACACCUGCUCGCUUUCUGCAGGUAUGCAUUGAAGUUUGUUUGAAAUUUAAUGAAUAUUUGUGCAAAGAAAUUGUUUUUCAGCGUUACACAGAAGUUAUAGUCAGUACUUAUUUACACAAUCUGCUGUUAAAAGUGGCAACAACACUUUAUUAAUGACUUUUCGUUGAUAUUUCGUAUAUGCACACAGGUAUUCAAUUUGUGUUUGGUUGUUAUUCGCGAUUUCGUGAAUGCAACCGUGUGUUUCGUGUAUCUACCUGUGAACGCUGAAAAGUGCGAAACGUCUCAUUCGGCGUUAGUUGCUUCUACGGUUCGGACGUGUUUGUCUUCUACUAUUUUGUUCGUCAAAUAAAGUCAUCUUUUUAAUAUACAUAUAAAAAAAAAAAAGUUGAUAAAUUU